AUGUCGAAUUUAGAAAAACUCUGUUUGAAUCUUAUUGUUUGGGGCGAAAACACAUUUGUUGAUGGAAAUGAAUUGAAGCAGAAUAUUAUUAAUCAUAUGGCACGAUUACAGAGAUUCGAAUUUUAUAUUUGUUCAAGCAUUUCUCUUCGUAAUCAAAUUUAUCUACAAUCGAAAGAAGAUAUUCAACAUACAUUCCGAGAUUUUAAAGAUAAUAAAGUUAUUUCUUAUGUUGAUUAUUUUCAAAAAGAACAAUGUAGUCUAUGUGAUAUCUAUUUGUAUCUUGAUCAAUUAAAAUAUUACUAUACUGUAACAAAUAAUUUUUCAGGUGGCUUAUUUCCAUGUGUUCGUAAAAUAUCAUUAUAUGAUGACCAUCCUUUUGAACAUGAAUUUUUUCUUCGAAUUGCUCAAUCGUUUCCAUUUAUGCAAACACUUUCUUUAAACAAUUUCAAACCACAAAAUAACAAAUUAUGCAAAGAAUCACAUAAUGACAAUCAAGAUUUUUCAAUCAUUAACUAUCCCUAUCUUACUAAUCUUACACUUUAUGAUGCUCAUGAUGAUUAUAUCGAAGAAUUUCUAGUUGAUACGAAAAUAUGUUUACCGAAUAAUGCUGUUCAUCUUAACAUUUAUUAUGAACAAUUGAAAAGAGUGACACACAAUUUUACAAGAGAUAUAACACGAAUCAAUUGUGCAAAACUGAAUUCUUUACAUCUCAAUGGUCGUCGACUUCCUAAAUAUGCAAAAGACUAUUUUCCACAUGUAUAA